AUGUUGUUGAAAUCCUUCGUGACGACGGCGGUGCUUGCCGCCGGCCUGCUGGCCGACAAUGUCGCUGCCUUUGGCCGGUUUGGUCGCAUGGCUCGCGACCCUUACAACCUGGCCAAGCGCGCCCAGCGUGCUCCUCCCAAGCUGCAGCAGCGCGAGCAGUCCAAGCAGAACUUUCGCUUCUUGAAUAACAACACGAAGCCCUACCUCGUCGAGAGCCUUCCCGAUGUGAACUUCGACAUUGGGGAGAUGUACUCCGGUCUCAUCCCCAUUGACCCCAAGAACACCUCGCGCGCGCUGUUCUUCGUCUUCCAGCCGACCAUUGGCGAACCGGUCGACGAGAUCACCAUCUGGCUGAACGGUGGCCCGGGCUGCAGCUCCCUCGAGGGCUUCUUCCAGGAGAACGGCCGGUUCAUCUGGCCGACGGGCGCCUUUGCGCCCGUGGAGAACCCCUACUCUUGGGUGAACCUGACCAACAUGCUCUGGGUUGACCAGCCCGUCGGAACUGGCUUCUCCAUCGGCACUCCCACUGCUGUGCGACAGGAGGAGACGGCCGCGGACUUUGUCAAGUUCUUCAAGAACUUCCAGGAUCUGUUUGGCAUCAAGAAGUUCAAGAUCUACGUCACCGGUGAGAGCUAUGCCGGACGCUACGUUCCUUACAUCUCGGCCGCCUUCUUGGACCAGAACAACACGGAUUACUAUGACCUGAGAGGCGCUCUUGUGUACGAUCCCUGCAUUGGUCAAUUUGACUACGUGCAGGAGGAAGUGCCGGUCGUCCCGUUCGUGCAGCAGAACGCCAAUCUGUUCAACUUCAACCAGAGCUUCAUGGCCGAACUGGAGAGUCUCCACAAGUCGUGUGGCUACGAGGACUACAUUAACAAGUACCUGACCUUCCCGGCCUCUGGAGUGCAGCCGGCCAUCGGGCCUAACAUUCCUAAUGCGUCGUGCGACGUGUUCGACCUCAUUGCCAACGCGGUCUUGGACCCCAACCCGUGCUUCAACAUCUACGAGAUCAACCAGAACUGCCCCAUCCCGUACGACCCUCUCGGCUUCCCCACCGAAAUCUUCCUCACCCCGCCGGGAGCCACCAUCUACUUUGACCGGGACGAUGUCAAGAAGGCGCUGCAUGCGCCCAACAUCACGUGGUCGGAAUGCUCCGAGAACCCGGUGUUCGUGGGCGGGAACGGCGGCCCUGAAGGCGAAGGCGACCUGGCGGCCGAUCCGAUCCAGCAUGUGCUCCCGAAGGUGAUCGAGGCCACGAACCGGGUGCUGGUGGGCAACGGAGACUACGACAUGAUCAUCAUCACCAACGGCACGCUCCUGGCGAUCCAGAACAUGACGUGGAACGGCAAGCUCGGGUUCGAGCAGCAGCCCAGCACGCCGAUCAACAUCGACAUCCCGGAUCUGGUGUACGCACAGGCGUUUGCGGAGAACGGCAUGGCGGGCCUGGACGGUCCGCAGGGCCAGAUGGGCAUCCAGCACUACGAGCGGGGUUUGAUGUGGGUGGAAACCUUCCAGAGCGGACACAUGCAGCCCGAGUUCCAGCCGCGGUCGUCGUACCGUCAUCUGGAGUGGCUGCUGGGACGUAGGGAGCAGAUUUGA